AUGUUCGCGCUGCGGCGGCGGCUGCUCCAGGCCUGCCGUCCCGUUCGGAGGGUGAGGAAAAGGAGGCGGCGGCGGCACUGGGCUCCAACAUGUCCGUUUGGUGGUGGAGGCUGCGCUCUGUAUCUCUCUGACACGGCCCCCCGCGCCCUAACGCACCGGCCACACUGGCCCGACCGGCGAGCGGGCGGGCCUCUCGCUCCCUCACGCCAGCGGGAUGGCGGCAGCGGCCCGAGUCCACGCCGCGCGGGGCACCCUGGGACGGCUCGGGCCUCCCAGCGCUUCCUGUGCCCGGCUCCCGCUCCUCCCCGGCCCGCCUCGCCCGCGCUGGCCCCGCCUCCGCCCGGCCUCGCUCCUCCUCACCCCGCGCGCCGAGCGCUGGGCAGCUGGCUGGUGACGCCGGGAAGCUGGGCGCUUUCCCGCCCGCGGCGGCUGCGGGCCCUGGAUGCUGCCAGGCACCGAUGCUGGCCCCGGGAGGGGCGCCGGAGAGCGCGGGAUCCCAUAGCCGGGAGGCUGGCACAGAGAGGGCCCAUGCACACGCGUGUCCCUACUCCCCCGACAACUCCAUUUACUGGGGAGGACAGGAAAAUGAGCAGAAAAUAAUUAUAGCAUGAUUCGUGUUAGGGCGGAGAUCCUGGGGAACAAAGAAGAAACUAUUCAUGCGACUAAAAAUCCAGGAAGGCUGCUCCGAGGAAGUGGCACCCGAGCUACAUCUGGAAGGAGAAGCAGCAAUUGGAGCAAACCCUCCACCCUGACUGAACUUGAGGAGUACUUUGGCAUCACAUCCCCCUCUGAAGGAGCACCAGCUGGAGCUUUAGGGAGGGAGGUGAACUGAGAGGGAGUGCCUUGAGACCAGGAAUCUCUGUGCCCUUCCAGAGAGUUUGGAUUUUCUCCCCAAGGCAGUGGGGAGACACUGAAAGAUUAAAAGGGGAAAAUGGUAUCCUCCAAUGUGAUAUUUCAGAAGAAAGGUGUAGAGUAUCAAGAGCAGAGUCAGGGUAAGAAUGGCCCUAGUCCCAGGGGAUGCUGAGGGCAUAAGGCAAAGGAGUGGAGAAGGAAUCAGACAUUUAAGAGGAAUGGAGAGGUUGGGACAGAAUGACUGUGAGGUUAGGGAAAAGGGAGGUGUUGAGGAUUCUCAAAUGGGUGGUAGGUUCGUAAGUCAAUUUAGGGAUUAUAUGGGGAGGCAAGAAUGGAUUGAGAGAAGGUAGAAUAAUGGCAAAUACUUGUAGAUUGUUUACUAUGUGCCAGAGUCUAUCCAACAUUCUAUUCUGCAUUACAUAAUUUCUAUAACAAGAUUCUAUAUGAAGUAGUUACUAGUAAUGCCACUUUCACAGUUGAGGAAGUGAGGCUCAAUUCAAUUAACUAAUAUGCCCAAAGCCAAAUGAUUUUCUUCUGGGGCCUCUGGAGUUUGAGUUGCCCCUGGAGCAAAUAAGUGAAGAUGUCUAGGAGGCAGUUGGGUAAACAAGUGGAGUCAGGAGAGAUGGCUGAGAGGAGGUAGAGAUCUGGGAGUCACUGUGCAGCUUGUGGGAGGAGCUGAAAUAGGGAAACAAGGCUGGGAACACACAUGUGUAAGGAGAAACAAGUUGGAAUAAGAAGAGGCCUGAAAAGCCUAGAAGAAGAAGUCAGACCCGUCAGGUGUUGAAGAUAGAAUUUAGCAAGAUAAGGAUUGGAAAGUACCUGAUAACCUCUAGGAUCUCUACAGGAAAGUUGGCAGGAGGGGCAAGGGCUGAAGCCAAACUGAUGUGCACUGAAGAGAGAAAGUAGCAGGAGAUAUUUUACAAAAAUCUGGCUGUGAGGGCACCAGGAAAGAGCUGCAGGAUGAAGGGAGAGUCUGCUUGUUUCUUUUAAGAUGAGAGAAACAUACUUUUAAUUAUCUGUUGGAGGAACAAGCAAAAUACAUCCCAAAUAUUCUUUUCAAACCCACCAAUCAUCUUCAUAUCACCACUUUUUUCUCUCUCAGCGGAACCACAAUUAGUUCUUUUAAACCCAUUUUGCUUCAAAGAGUUGUCAUCCCUAAAACCACCAACAUUGCAUUAGAAAAUGCAGUUCUUAGUCGAUAUAUUGACUUUUCAGGAUAUCCAUUGUCUACCAAAUACUGUCCAAGAUCCCACACCAUGUUUGCAGCCUACAUCCGGGGGGCAAACAAGGUUUGUCAUUUCCUGGACAUGUCUGGGAAAUAACACAGCUCAACCUUUGUUUUCAUGUAAAAUCCCUCCCUGCUCUUCCCUGAUGUAGGCAGGCCCUUAGCAUUUAGCUGAUGUUGAGACAUCUCCUUUCAAUCAUUCAUCACUCACCAAGCACCUACUUUGUGCCAGGCACUGUGCUGAAAAGCUUCCCCACUCUCCUCCCAGCCAGACUCAACAUCUCGCACAAUAUGCUUUCAUGACCUUAUGAGCAAAACUGACACUUUUCAUCUUGUGCUGCUUUUAUUUGGGGGGAGGGGAAAGCUGCACCACUUACACAUACUGUACCUCCACUCUGCUUCUACCCCUUAGGAACAGUGGCAGAAUGUAAAUAUGGGUCACAAAGCAAAUGGGAGUCCCCCUCCCCCAAUUCAUAGAAACACUCUUCUUCCUCCUGUGUCAGGGCAAUGUUUUCAGCUAAGGAAGGCUGAACUCUG